GGCGGCUCUGAGGGACAACCAAAAUGGCCUACUCCCAUUUGGUAUUCUUUCUCAACGGUAAAAAGGUCACGGAGGAGAAUGUGGACCCGGAGACAACAUUGGUCGAAUACUUGCGCGAUUGUGCCGGAUUACGGGGCACCAAGGUCGGAUGUGGUGCCGGAGGGUGUGGAGCCUGUACCGUCAUGGUCUCGACCUAUGAGAAAAGCACCAAGAAAAUAAGGCAUUAUGCAGCUGUUUCCUGCAUCCUGCCCCUUGUCACCCUCCACAAUAAAGCAGUGACAACAGUAGAGGGCGUUGGAAGUAUCAAAACAAAGCUGCAUCCAGUUCAGGAGCGGAUAGCCAAGUGUCAUGGCGUCCAAUGCGGUUUCUGCACUCCCGGCAUGGUCAUGUCCAUGUACACUCUACUCAGGAACAACCCAGAACCGACCAUGAAAGACAUACAAACGGCCAUGCAAGGUAAUUUGUGCCGCUGCACAGGCUACCGCGCCAUUCUUCAGGCUAACAGCACAUUCACCAAGGACGCCUGUUGCGGCAAAGGAGGCUCUUGCUGUAGAAAUAACGGAGCGCCUAAAGAAAAUAUGGUGUUGUCUCCAACGUUUGACGAUAAGGACCCAGCCUUUAAUCCUUAUGACGCAACUCAGGAACCCAUCUUUCCCAGUGAACUUCAGUUGAGGGCGAAUGAGGAAGAGGGAUGUCUUAUGUUCAGAGGAAAGAGAGUCACGUUCUACCUGCCAUCAACUCUAGCCAAGGUCACAGAUCUGAUGAAACAACAUCCCAAAGCGAAAAUUAUCAGUGGUGGAACCAUCCUCACUCCUGAGAUGAGGUCCGGUUGUAUCCCGGUUUUGAUUGGCCUCGAACGCAUACAAGAGCUGCACCAAGUCCACGUGACUGAGAAGGGCGUUGAUGUAGGUGCCGGUCUGUCCUUAUACCAACUGCAGCAAGAGCUCACAAUUGCCGAAUCAAAGCUUCCCGCUGAGAAGACGAGGUCGAUCAGAGGAAUCGCAGGCAUUCUCCACAGGCUCGCCUCAGGACAAGUCAGGAAUGUCGGGACCAUCAGUGGUAACCUCGGUCGAGGAGAGUCCAUCUAUGACGUGGCGACAUUUCUCAUGGGUGGCAGGGGAAGUGUCAGCCUGCUCGGCGGCAGGUCUUGUCCAUUGAUAGGAAAGGGAGGAAAGAAAGAGCUUCCAGUUGAUGAACACUACCACGAUAAACUGAUGUACCAUCUUUCUCAAGGUGCAGUCAUCGCCUCAAUUCACAUCCCGUUCACAACCAAGGACCAACGUUUCUACGCCUACAAACACAGCAAGCGUAGUGAGUUCGACUGGUCUGUCGUCAGCGGAGGCUUUGGAGUCGAGUUUGUACCAGGGACGGCUACUGUCAAGCAAUUGACCCUGGCAUUCGGGAAUGUGCGACCAGAAACAGCUUUGGCUGUGCGAACUUGUGAAUUUGCAAAAGGAAGGGCCUGGGAUGACGCUCUCGCCGCUGAUAUCAGCAAGUCAUUGGCACGGGAGUUUCAGGCGACCCCUGGUGACGACCUGCUCACGCCUAUCAAGCGCACACUGAUGCCGAGCUUAUUUCAUAAGUUCUAUCUUGAAGUAGCCGACGAUCUAAAGGGAAGAAAGGAUGGCGCCAGAUCAGAGAUUGAAUUGACACAAGACCAUUUCUGCUCAACCCAAGUGUUCGAGCAGGUGCCAGAGGGCCAAGAUGUUGAUGAUGCCGUUGGUCGACCGGUGGUGCAUCAGGCGGCCUUCGACUGCGUCAGUGGUACUGCUAGGUAUACCGAUGAUAUUCCUGCUUAUGCCGAGGAGCUCUACAUGGGUUUGGUUCUCAGCACGAAAGCGCACGCUAAGAUUAUCAAAGUUGACCCCUCGGCUGCCCUCGCCCUGGAUGGCGUGGUCCAUUACGUCGACCACAGGGAUGUCAAGGGAAGCAAUAAGUGUGGAGGCCACGUUCCUGAUGAAGAGAUAUUCGCAACAGAAAUGGUCAAAGCAGAAGGUGUUGUCAUCGGUGCGAUUGUUGCCAAGAGUGAUAAACUGGCCAAGGAAGCCGCAAGACUUGUUGAAGUCACAUACGAAGAACUGAAACCGAUUCUGACAUUGGAGGAUGCAAUCUCAGCCAAUCCUGACAUGCAGCCAACCUCCGUCCUUAACAUCGGUGACCUGGAAGAAGGUUUCAAAAGCUCCAAACAUAUCAUCGAAGGAGAGUUUAAACUUGGCGGCCAGGAGCAUUUCUACAUGGAGACGAAUGGAAGUAUCGCUAUACCGAGUGGAGAGAAAAUGGAAAUGGACAUCAUCGGUGGCCAUCAAAGUCUAAGCCAUAUCCACGGGGCGGUGGCGAAGGUUCUUGGCGUAGAGUGUAAUAAGAUCAAAAUAAGGAUGAAGCGAAUUGGUGGUGCUUUCGGUGGCAAAGAGAAAGGGGCUGAUAUUGCUUUCCUUCCGUGUGCCAUUGCCGCAGAUAAACUUUGUAAGCCCGUUCGUUGCAUCUUGACGAGAGAAGAGGAUAUGAUAGGCACCCGAAAAAGGCACCCCGUCCUGUUCAAAUAUAAGAUCGGAGUCGAUGAUGAAGGGCGGAUCAUCGCUCUUCACCAAGACGUGUUUGUAGAUGCUGGAUGGAGUACUGACGUCUCUCCAAUGAUUACAUUGACGAUUGUUUUACUUGUGGACAACUGUUACAAUAUUCCGAACAAUCUUGUCCGUGGGUACACGUGCUUUACCAAUACCCAUUCCAACACAGCCAUGAGGGGAUUCGGGGCUCCACAAGCCAUCGCCGGCGCUGAGAACAUCAUCACACACAUCGCCCAACGUCUAAACAUCAAACAAGAGAAGAUUCGUGAGAUCAACAUGCUUCAUAUUGGCGAUGUCACAGUAUCUGACUUCAAACUUGAUGACUGCAACAUCCGGAAGUGUUUCGACGAGGCCAAAGCAAUGGCUGACUACCCAAAACGUGUCGCAGAGGUGGAAAAGUUUAACAAUGAACAUCGCUGCACAAAGAGAGGGAUAAGUGUUGUCCCCAUUAAGUUCAGCAUCUGCAUGAAACCCCAAUAUAUGCAACAGUCUGGAGCUUUGGUUCAUAUCUACGUUGAUGGAUCUGUGUUGAUCACACACGGAGGAUGUGAGAUGGGGCAAGGCUUGCAUACCAAACUCAUUCAGGUUGCAAGUAGAGCCCUGGAGGCACCCAUAUCACGAAUGCAUGUGGUCGAAACGAGCACCGACAAAUCUCCGAACGCUCAACCGACUGGUGGGAGUCAGGGAACAGACAUGUGGGGCGCAGCGGUCAUGGAUGCCUGCCUAGAACUGAAGUCCCGAUUGAAGCCAUUCAAGGAUGCUAUGCCUGACAAGGGAUGGGAGGAUUGGGUCAAAGCAGCGUUCUUCAGCUCUGUACACUUGUCUGCUGUUGGCUUCCACAAAGGCGCAGCGGGAGUCGAAUGCUACGAUUGGAAGACAAAUAAAGGCAAGAUAUGUGACUAUUGGUGUUUUGGAGCAGCGAGCUCUGAGGUUGAGAUCGACUGCUUGACUGGCACACAUAAGGUAAUUGAGACCGACAUCGUGAUGGAUGUUGGUAAGAGUAUUAAUCCUGCUAUUGAUAUUGGCCAAGCAGAGGGAGGAUUCAUCAUGGGUCUGGGCUACGCUAUGCUCGAGGAGAACCUUCAUAACGCUGACGGAACAUUGAAGUCCCGAGAUGUAGGCUCCUACAAGAUCCCAACCCUCAACACCAUCCCAAUGAAAUUCAACGUCGCCCUCCUAAAGGAAGCUGGUAACCAAUCCAAACAUGCGGUUUACUCCUCGAAGGCUAUUGGGGAACCUCCGCUUUUGUUGGCGUCGUCAGUAUUCUGCGCCGCAAAGGAGGCCAUCUCUGCCGCCAGAGUCCAGAACGGAUUGUCCAGGGAGUUCAGGUUGGAUGGUCCCGCUUCUGCUGAAAGCAUCCGCAUCAACUGCGGGAAUUUGUUCCAGGAGUGA